GUUGGUUCUGGACUUUUUUUUCCAUUACGUUCAUGAUCACGCCAGGUGGACAGGACGACUUGCCUCAACUCUCAGAUGACACGCAGCCAUGAGCUGGACCAGACUGCGCAUCGCGGUUUGGCUAGCAUGCCUCGCCGUGGAUGUGAUCGCAGCAGCGACUUCCUUACAACUGACCACAAUAUCAAAUGCAACUUCGGCCGGGGUAACAUCACCAGCCCCCCUUGACCCGGCAGCAGCCGCGAUGGAGCAGAUGGCAGCCUCGUUAUCCCCAUGCGCAUUGAAUUGCACAACGACAGAGAUUGCAAAGUCAUCUUGCAACACAACUGACUUUGCGUGUAUUUGCACAAAUCAUUUGCUAAACGGAAACAUUGGCGCAUGCUUGGCACAGCAUUGCACUGUGACUGAGUCUCUACAGGCACAGAGAUACUCGAAAACAUCUUGCAGAGUGCCCGUUCGUCGUAACACAGAUCAAGGUCCCAUCACAUGGACUCUCUUCUCUAUUGCGCUGGUGGCUCUAGCCGCUCGACUGAUCUCCAAAAUCCCUUCUCUAAAUCCUGCGUUCUCGUUCGGCUGGGACGACUGGUUGAUCCUUGCAUCUACUCUUGCGUUGAUCCCAGCUGACAUUGGAUCGCAAAUUUUGAUUGGCAUAGGUCUGGGGCAGGACAUAUGGAUGGUUUCUCCAGACAACAUCACUCAGAUUCUCUUGCUUUUCUUCGUCGAGGAGCUUCUCUACUCAUUUGUUGUAGCUGUCACCAAGCUGUCGAUCCUCAUAUUCUAUCUACGUCUCUUCGCCGAGACCUGGUUCCGGGUGGUUUGCUAUAUUAUGCUAGGGGUCACGACGAUCUACGGUAUCGGGCAGAUACUAGGUAUCGUCCUCGUAUGCUCCCCAGUGAGUUAUAAUUGGACGCAGUGGGACGGUGAGCAUCAAGGAAAGUGCGGCAACGUGAAUGUCAUGGCAUUUAUCAAUGGAGGAGUGAAUAUUGCCAUCGACUUCAUUUUGUUCGUUCUGCCAGUCACUCAAUUCAUCACUGUCUCAUGGACUCUUAAGAAGAAGAUCGGCGUGAGCCUGAUAUUUUUAGUUGGUUUAUCAGUGACGGCCUCGAGUGGGAUCCGGCUGGCUACAUUGGCGAAGUUCGGCGGAACGCAGAAUCCGACGUACGAUUACAAAGAACUAUCGAUUUGGUCAUUGGUUGAGAUGCACAUGAGUGUCAUCUGUGCAUGCAUGCCGGGUAUGACUUCUUUCAUCCGACGAGUGUCACCGCGAAUGUAUCGCAUGAAGCAGUAUACGCCCCAGCAGCCAGACAGGAAUCAGCCACGAACAGGUCGUUCCGUUGCUCGCCGCAUUCAAGACACUUUGGCACGCAUCACUACAAUCAGGAUAACGGGCAAUCGCUCAGGUUGGGAGAGCUCACAAGCAACGGGAAAGAGCAGCGGCACGGAGAGUUCAACAACUAGCGACCCAAGACCAAACGCUUACAAAGACUACCUGGUUUACGCACCCUAUGCGGACGGUCAGGAAGGGGGAACUGAGUUGAACACGUUGAGAAGUAGAGAGGUUACGUAAACUUGUUGCAAUGGCACAGGAAGCGCAGUAGAAAAGUACCCCUAUUUCCAAACUCUGCCUCCAACUUUGAAC